AUGACCAACACCGCGGCCAGACGCAAGAAACCAGAACCACCCAGUCCAGUCAUCCGGGAAUACUUAUGGAUGAAACAAAUCGGCAAGAGUCUCUCCGCCAACAGUCCUUUCCAUUCAAACAAGAGAAGAAAAACGAGAGAAGGCGAUAGAAACGGGUUGGAAACCAGACACCGUUUCCUCACGGCCUACAAGCGCAAUAAGCUACGGGAGAAAAGUGGGAUGCUUUACGGGCGUCACUCGAAGCAUUCUCAUGGAGAUAUGAUGACGGAUCUUGGUGGAUCUCUCUACGAAGAUGCCGAGUUAUACAGGAUGAAUCGGAGACAGGAUCCUGAGAUAUACGAGGAAUUAUAUGGAAUAUCUCCUUUCAUUGUGCCGAAGAUGCAUUCGGAAACGUGUGCGUUGCUUAAUGACCAUGCUACGGUUUUGGCUUCAGGAAACUAUCAGUUCACUUUCCUUUUUGAACAGGGUUUCAAGGGGUUUAUAGCGGCUCUGAAAAUUGCUAAAUUUCCCCCAUAUGAUUACUUCCGGUCGAACCUCAAUGGCGACAUUGAAGAUGAGCACCCAGUACUCAUGAGGCUCAGAGCACGUCAUGGGGCUUUUGAGGAAGCCUUGCAAAAAGACGUCAGAUUCGUUGGUAGCACAAGAUAA